AUGCCGGCUCUGAAGAGCUUGCCAGCAAGCCAGCCAGUAUCCGGCUGGCAUGAUGGGCCACAGAGUCGGCUGCAAAUGCCGAAGAGUUCCUUCUUCUGCUCACCGAAGAGGCUGUCUCACAGGGCUUUGGAGCUUGAGGUCAUGCCAUGUGUCCUGCAAAGAGGAGAUGGAGAGCGGAGGUGUGCCUCUUAUAAAAGGAUAGAGAAUGGGGACUGCGCACUGCACCUAUACAUUGCAACACUAAAGCUAGCUUUGAGAAGAGAAAAAAGCCAAGAGAAGAAGAAGAAGAUGGACAGUGGCGGUUCAUCCGGUGGAAACAACCAAGGCAAGAAAAAGGGCAAGAAACGUGUGCUGACCGCUGAAGAGCUGGAAAACCGGCGGCUUGAGAACGUGCAACCUACCUCUUGGAACGAUGAAUGGAUUGUAACACUGAACAUCACAGAUAAUGUGGUGGAGGAUGAAGACACUAGCAGCAUCGUGAGCAGUUUCUCGACAGACAGCCCCUUCUCGAUAGACGCCGAGGAGGAGACUGACAAGGAGGAGGCUGACAAUGAGGAGGAGGAGGAGGCUGACAAGGAGGAGGAGGAAGAAGAGGAGGAGGAGGAGGAGGAAGAGGCUGACGGAGACGGUGACAAGAAAAAGGAGGAGGAGGAUCAGACUGACGACGAUGAUGGCGACCAGACUGACGAUGGCAAUGGCGAGGACCUCAGCUAACUCCAAGCUCUGCUUAAGACAGACUAAAUGAUUUGCUGGUAAUAAGAAGCCUUAUGCAUCUUCUGGGCAGCUAUAUUAUGUAUAUCCGAAGCCUUGUUGUGUUAGUAUCGGAACCCUGCAUGCACGUACGCAUGCUUAUUUAUGUAUGUCUGUGUAUCACUAUGUUUCUGUCUAAAAUAUGCGAGUGAAACAUUCUAAUUUGGGGACAUUUUAUUUGUCGAGUAAAUUAUGCGUCGCACACAUUCUGUCC